AUGAUCCAAACUAUGACCCCGAGAUUGAAAUUAAAUUCCUCUUUUUGUCAGGUAAUCGCCCCUAGCGGCAAUGAAACAGAAGUUGCUCGUGUAAUUGCAAUGGAUCGAAGCUACCAUUUAGACUGUUACAAAUGUGAAGAUUGUGGAUUAAAGCUCAAUUCAAAAAUUGAAGGGCAAGGCUGUUACCCAUUGGAAUCACAUCUUUUUUGCAAAAAUUGCAAUUUGAAACGACUUAAACUUGUCAAAUAA